AUGAAGGUUACUACGUUUCUUCCCUUGGUGGCCGCCCUUGUGGCCAGCGUCUCUGCUCGAGAUCCCGUCACCCUCAACUUGACUGGUCAUAUCGAUCCUUCCCAGGUUAUGUCCUUCGUUUACGUUCCAUUCCAAGUUGAGCCCGAGACCACCUCCGUCUAUGUCCUGCAGAACUACUCCCUCAAGGGCAAGGGUAACGCCCUGGACCUGGGUGUCUUCGACCAGCGUGGAUACCAACUGAUGAACGGUGUCAACGACACCUUCGGAUCUCGCGGAUGGUCCGGUGGUUUCCGCAAUAACUUCACCAUCACUCCUUCCUGGGCCACUCCCGGCUACAAUCCCGGUGCUAUCGAGCCCGGAACCUGGAACGUUGUCUUGGGUCCCUACCAAUCUGUCCCCGCGGGAAUUGACUGGCAAUUGCAGGUUGUCAUGGGAUUCGACCCUGUCGACACUUACUUCUCCCCGACCUUUGCGCAGGUCGACUUUGACACUGUCGGUCAGUUCGAGCAGCAGGAGUGGCUCCGUGGUGACUUUCAUAUGCACACAGUCUACUCCGAUGGAAAGUAUACCCCGGACGAGCAGAUCCAACAUGCUGUAGCUCAGGACCUCAACUUCAUCUUCUUCUCCGACCACAACACCGAUACUAGCAACAACAUUAUCGGCGCUUACCAGCAGGCCUUUGCCCCGGAUCUCCUGAUCUGCCGUGCCAUCGAGGUCACCACCCGUCACGGACAUUGGCAAGCCGCCGGUCUCGACCGCGAGCAGCUCAUCGACUGGCGUUACCAGGACGUCGCCGGCUUCGUCGAUGCCACUCAGCAGGUCCACCGCGCCGGUGGCUUCGUUUCCGUCAACCACCCCUUCGCCGCCUGCCCAGCCUGCAAUUGGGGCUUCGAUGACUGGGACCACAACGAUGCCAUUGAAGUCUGGAACGCCAACUUCGAUUCCAGCGAUCAACAGUCCAUCCAGAAAUGGCACGAGCUCCUCGUCGCUGGAAAGUUCACCGCCGCUAUUGGUGGCAGUGACUCCCACUCUCCCCCUUCUAUGAACGGUGUUCCCACAACCGUCGUCAACGCCCGCGGCCGCAAGCAAUCUGCCAUCGUCGCUGCUGUCAAGAAUGCCCAUGCUUAUAUUGUUGAGGGUCCUGGAAAGUCCAUGAUUUUCAACGUCAAAGUGAAGAACACUGUUGCUCAGAUCGGUGACAAGGUUCACGAAAGCUCGAGUGGUGCCCAGGCCUUCCUUACUGUGGAGGGUAUGAGUGGCCAGAAGGCUUGCUUCAUCUCUGACAAGGGUUACUUCUAUAACACUACCAUCACGGAUGGAAAGGUUCUCCAGCACCAGCUUCCUCGAAGUCUCAAGUUUGUGAGAGUGGAGGUCCGCAACGUCACUGACGAUUCUGCGCUUGGUCUGGCCAACCCUAUUUGGUUCUUGUAA